AUGUUCUUUUCUAAUGAGUUGCUCUCACUGCGGAAGGGGCGCUUUGGCGUUUUGUGGUUGGCAGCUACGCGUGGUCUCACACGCGUGAAUAAGCGCGAUAUACUUGCCGUCGAUGUUACGAGCUCAUGUUCCGAGCUACUGGAUUACGUUAAUGGCUCUAAAAAGUCUCGGCUUUCUUUAUACCUUGCAGCGCAACUAAUCAAAUCACGAAGUAAAUCGUGCUGUGAUGUCGAUAUUGAAAUUCCACUUGCAUCGAAUGAUGAUUUUGGCUCCUUCAAUCUACUAGGGCAACUUGUUGUCCCACAAUCGGAUUUUGAGAUCUCUAUGCCUAGUUUGGAUAACUCAUUCUCUUUCCAAGCACGAUUGGAAGACAUAACGCUCAUUGACACAGCGAUGACACCAAAAACUGAAUCUGGACUCCUGUUCGGCGAAGACUUCCAGACGGAACUUCUAUCCGACCUUCUGGGUGAUGGCGCUUCUGCAUCAGCUGAAGCUGUCUGUAGUUUAUUUCGAGAUUCCUCCCCAAGCAAAGUACGGCGGUCUGUGUUGAAUUUAAGCUCCGAUGACAAGGAGAAGUAUGGUGCUUUUAUGUCAUUUAUGCCAUUCUACAUAGUCGAAUGUGUGCUGAGAACAUCCUUCCUCAUGAAAACACUUUGGAACUUCCCCACUGUCGACGCAAGCGCAUACGGCGAUCGUCAGUUUAUGGGGCUCAAGGUUCUGGAGUUGCUCCAACAAAGUCGCUUCAACAUGAUGACAGUUACGCAUCCUAGCAUUUUCCCCCCUUUCAGCCUUCGAUCCAAUGCGAAUGCUCCGCAAGGUACCAGUCCCAAGCGUCGACGUGUGGACUCUGCGGUCGACGCAAGUGACAUUUCAGUUCGCAACUCAUCUCUUGAUCUCGAGUAUCCAAGACCUUGUGCUGCCUCUUCAGCCGUAAAGUCAAAGCCGUCUCAGGUGACUUUUGGGGCCCUUCAUAUCUCUCAACUCUCCGUUCGAGAUGUACAAGUUUCUCCACCACGUCGUCGUCGUCGUCGUCGUCGUCGCAACUGCCGAUUGGUAAUAGAUGAAGUGCUUCAGCUAUCGAAGGCGGAGAUUAUGAGGAACUUUGAGACAAGUCACGAUGGCUUGCGCACGAGAGCGGAGAUUCUGGCCCCGGCAGCUUCAGAGGCGCAUCCAAGACGUGCAAGAUCGUUCUACGUUGAUCGAUUACUCGCGCUGCCUGCGAAUUGGGAACUGGCCAUUAGUCGAACGCUGAGUGAGCUUUGGCGUUCCAAACGUCGUCUUUGUGAAUCGAUGCCACUGGAAGACUCCCACCCCUUUUCCAGCUGUGCCUCGCGCUCCAAUCUAGGCAGUAUUCGCGAGUCUGUGACAGAAUCCUCCCGUGAAGAGGCUCGAGGUACAAUGAGUGAGCAGUUUUCGGGCCUCUUUGCUCCUCGUGUUUCCUCUCUGGGUCUGGCGCGAGCCUCGUCCAGUCAAGAUCAGGAACAGGAGGGGCGUAGUCUUCAUGCGCCUGUCUCGACUCAGAGUAUCACCAUCCCAGAGGAAGGAAUGCUCCCACCUUCAGUAGAACCGCCAACCAUUCACGAGACAACGUUGUUAGCGCCUGAGAUUCCACCUCCUCAAUUGGAAGAAGAAAAGCUGGAGUCGAUGACUGAAGUGAAACGGCACUUUGGAGGUAGUGUAGAGCGUCCAUUUUUUCCUCUUCCUCUUGUCCUCUACUCUAUUUUUGCACUCUUAUUCUUUGUCAGUACCAUCCAAAAAGUUUCUGGAAGCGAUGAGUCAACGGUGGAGUUCUCCCGACUUCUAGCGCCUUCUACUACUCGAAAACAAGCUGCCAAAGCCUUCCACCACCUCCUCUGUACUCGCUUUUCUUCCAUUUUACUACCAUCUUUCAUCUCUUGUCAGCGUCACGAAUGCCCUUUUUGUGGUGAUUUUUAG